GCCCCAGACGGGCGACGCCCACUCUGGCGUCUGCGUGGUCGACGUGGCGCUCGGAGCUCCCGUCAACGUGGGGAACGCAGCCAGCGGCCGCUCGAGUGGAGCGGGCUGGAGGCGCGCGGUGGAACGGGUGAUCCAUGGAGCUACGAGAGCGCAGCCAGUCUGCCGCUCGUGUCAACGGACUGGAAGCUAACGUCGGACCUGUGAAUCCAUUGAAGUAUUCUACGAGAUCAGGUAUCGAAAACUCCUUUUUAUCUUUGAGUAUUAUGAAGAUACGAAGAUAUACGGAGGAUUGGAGGAAAACGAAAAUUAAUCUGUAACUGCUCAAUGCUGAAAAUAGCAAUGUGAUGCACCGUUGUGAGAACCUACAGUGAUACGCCUAUAUGCAGUCAAUGCGGAGGUUUUGGCGAUUUUUGAGAAGCUGUUUUUGCACUCGUUUGUUAAAAGAAAAGAGCUUUUGAACGGAGGCAUACAACUUGAGCACUAACUCGGCAACGUGUACGAUGGCUGAUGGGGAAGAGAGAGGUGUGGAGGAUGUGACGGCGAAGGGAAGAUCACGUAAGCCAUAAGGCAUUAGAAAACCAGUUGCAGAAAUACAUUGCAUUGAGGAGACGCAAAUUAGGAACUCUGACGAGCACAAUAAGGCAGUUUGAGAUACUAAUGAGUGAUGCUGGAAAUGUCCAAAAUGUGCAAGAUGCGAUGGAAAACGAUUUUGCAGAGUUGGUAGGAGAGUUCAGGAGUCUCAACAGUGAAGUUGCAAAUCUUUUAGAUGAGGAUGAAAGAACAUUUGACCAGGAUAAUUGGUUUGAAAUGAAAAUGGCACCAAUCAGAAAAUUUAUGAAAGAAACUAAAAGAUGGAUAGCAGUUGUGCAUGAAUCAACACCAGUGCUGCCAAUGGAAAAUGUACAGCAAAAAGAAUUUGAUAUAGUGGAUAACCUGCAAGAAGCUGUUAGACCACAUGACAGUAUUUCCCAGGCAGGAGAUAGAAAUGCAGAAGGUGGUAGCCUAUGUGGAACACAAGUCAUGCAACAUGCGCAUCACGUGUUUCAUCAACACGGGUUCUACAGGAAGCACAACAUGCAGCCCUGCUAGAACGUGCCGCAGCACUGAAGAAAAAGCAAGAGCUUGAAUUUAAAUCUGCUAGAAUCCAAGCUGAAAAAGAAGAAUUAGAGAUGAAAACAGCAUUAGCUGAAAGUCAAGCAAAAUUAAAGGUGCUUAAAGAAUAUGAAAGAUCUGAAGAUGGUUACAGUUACCAUAUGCCAGUGCAACAAUUACAAUUUGGGAAAGUGGUGAAGGAAAUGGUUAGCAUAAGGAUACCGCAACAAGCUAACACAAACGUUCACAUUCAACCAUCAAUGCUGCACUCGCAACCAUCACCGCCUCAGUCAGCCACAAGUCAUCAGUCUAACACUCAAGUGGACAGAAGUGAUGACAUACUAAAGGUCAUGCAAAGGCAGAAUGUAAUCACAGAGCUACUUGUAAAACAACAACAGCUGUCUCAGCUACCAACAAAGGACAUUCCUGUGUUCCAGGGCGAUGCGCUACAGUUCAAGUCUUUCAUCAGAGCGUUCGAACAUGCGAUAGAACAGAAGACUGACAAUGAACAGGAUCAAUUGUACUUCGUGGAACAGGAUACAGCCGGUGAGCCCCAAGAGCUUGUCCGCAGCUGCACUCAUAUGACACAAAGCAAAGGCUACCUUGAGGCAAAGCGGCUACUUCAUAAGCACUACGGGGACGAAUUACGGAUUGCCAGCGCGUAUAUUGAUAAAGCACUAAAAUGGCUGCAAGUGAGGUCCGAGGAUGAAAAGGCACUGAGUGCUUACGCAAUGUUCCUGAUUGGAUGUCUCAACACCAUGACGGACAUUGAAUACUUGGAGGAGAUGGACAACCCUAUCAAUCUACGGACAAUGUUGUCCAAAUUGCCGUACAAAAUGAGAGAAUGUUGGCGGGCUGUAGCUUUCGAUAUCAAAGAGCGAAGUGGCAGAAGAGAAAAGUUUGCUGACUUGGUGAAAUACAUUGACCGUCAAGCUAAAAUAGCAUCAGAUCCACUCUUUGGUAAUAUACUAGACAGCCGCCCAUCUACGAGUGGAAAAACAGAACAGAACGAGAGGUAUCCCCCAAAAAAAGAAAUACGUGGAAGCAGCUUCGCCACCAAUGUUUCAGCAGAAAGCAAAGGGCCUCAAGAAACGCAUGCUGAGCCAGCGAUCUCAAGCAAAACCACAAGCGCCUUCGAUAAGCCGUGUCUGUACUGCCAGCAGCCUCACACUCUUGCUGCAUGCUGUACAAUCAAAGCUCAGCCACACAAAGAACGAGUGGACUUCUUGAAGUCAAAGGGUUUGUGUUUCGGAUGUUUAAUUCCUGGUCAUCUCAGCAAAUUCUGCAAUAGAAGAAGUGAAUGUAAAGAAUGUAAGUUGAAGCAUCCGGACAUUCUGCACAUAAUCAAAGAAGGAUCUGCUGUGCCUGAAAAGAAAGAAGAUGCUCAUGGAAGCCAAGUAUCGUGUGCUCAGGUUUCUGUCCAACAAGAGUCUUGUAGCCUCACAGGGGCUGGAGAAGCUGAAUGUGUGUUGUCAAUAGUACCGGUGAAAAUUAAAUCAAAGAAGAGUAAUAAGUGUGUAGAAACACGCCUUCUUAGACCCAGGAAGCACAGCAACCUUCUGUACGGAAGACCUACAACGAAAACUGAAUGUUAAAGGAAAACCGACACAAAUACUUCUCAGCACCAUGGGACAAGACAAACCUGAAGAACCAAAGCUCAUGAACAGUUUAGCUAUCUCAGACCUUGAAGUGUGCGGAUGGGAAGACAGCAGCUUCAUUGACCUGCCGAAGGUGUUCACACAAAGAAACAUAUCCGUGCACUCUGGAAACAUACCUAAGAAGUCAGACAUCCAGAAGUGGCCUUACCUCAGAGAAGUGAGUUUGCCAGAGAUACAAGCUGACAUAGGCCUACUUAUUGGAGCCAACUGUUCGAGAGCCAUGGAGCCAUGGCACGUCAUCAACAGUCAAGAUGGAGGGCCGUAUGCUGUCAAGACCGCCAUUGGCUGGGUGGUGAAUGGACCCAUAAGAAAAGAAUUGGAAGACGAAGAGAGUGAGUCACCUCAUCUAUCAGUGAAUAGGAUCUCCGUGAUGGAAAUAGAGAAACUUCUAGUCGAACAGUACAACACUGAUUUUCCAGAGCGAAAGUACGAUGACAAAGAAGAGAUGUCCCAGGAGGACAAGCAGUUUUUGCAUUCGGUGCAGAAGACGACAACAUUCGAGAGUGGGCAUUACUGUGUUGGACUGCCACUCAGGAACGAGAAGGUCAAAAUGCCCAACAACCGAUGCGUCGCUGAACAGCGCAUAACCUGUCUGCGACGAAAGCUACAGAAGAAUCCUGAGUUCUUGGAGGACUACAAGAGCUUCAUGCACACGAUCAUUGAAAAGGGCUCCACCAUUCAAGUUCCACCACAUCAGCUGAACCGUGACGACAACAGGGUGUUCUACAUACCACACCACGGUGUUUAUCAUCCGAAGAAGAAAAAGCUCCGGGUGGUUUUUGAUUGCACUGCCUCCUUCCAGGAUCGAUCCUUGAACAGUGAGUUACUUCAAGGGCCCGACAUGACCAACACAUUGGUUGGUGUCCUCUUAAGAUUUCGUGAGGAACCUGUGGCGAUAAUGGCGGACAUUGAGUCAAUGUUUUAUCAGGUUAAAGUGCCAGAACAUGACGCAGACCUUCUACGUUUUCUUUGGUGGCCAAACGGCAAGUUGACUGAACCUGUGGAAGAAUUCCGGAUGGCAGUGCACCUCUUCGGAGCCACCUCUUCGCCGAGUGUUGCCUCAUAUGCGCUAAGAAGAACUGCUGAAGAUCACAGAGAUGUUGCAUCCCCAGAAGCCGUUCAGACAGUCCUCAGUAACUUCUAUGUGGAUGACUGCUUGAAGAGCCUAGCAACAGUAGAUGAUGCAGUGACCUUAGCAAAAGAUCUACGGACUUUGUGUGCCAAUGGGGGCUUUACUUUGGCAAAGUGGAUGAGUAACAGCAGGAAGGUGUUGCAGUCAAUCCCAGAGACUCUCAGAGCUAGUGAAGUGAAAGACCUGGACCUGAGACACGACGCUUUGCCAGUUGAAAGGACCCUCGGUGUCCAAUGGGACACAGAAACCGAUCAUUUCACAUACCGAAUGAAGCUGCAAGACAAACCAAUGACCAGAAGAGGCAUCUUAUCAGUUGUCAAUUCCAUCUACGACCCCCUCGGCUUUGUGGCCCCGGUCAUCUUGCCAGCUAAACUCCUGUUGAAAGAACUCUGUAAAGAACAACAUGGGUGCGAUGAAGACGUCAGUGAGAAGCAUGCUGAACAUUGGAGAAAGUGGAUUGAAGAUGUUACUUACCUCUCCAACUUUCGCGUGAACAGGUGUUUGAAGCCUUUGGAUUUUGGAUGCACUGUUGCAGCGCAGUUGCACCAUUUUUCAGAUGCCUCAGAGUCUUAUCUGGCACUGUGUCUUAUCUGUUAUUGGAGAAUACAGUAGGUAAGAAACAUUGUGCAUUCCUUAUGGGAAAAUCAAGAGUAGCCCCACUCAAGUUGAUCACUAUCCCAAGACUUGAGCUGACUGCAGCGGUUGUGGCAGUGAAGGUAGACAAGAUGCUACAGCAAGAACUUAAGAUCCCACUGCAGCAAUCCAUCUUCUGGACAGAUGGCACUACGGUGCUCAGAUACAUCGACAGCGAAACAGCCCGUUUCAAGACCUUUGUCGCUAACAGAAUUGUACUCAUCAGAGAAGCAACCAAGCAGUCACAAUGGAAGUAUGUUAGGACGACAGAGAAUCCUGCAGACCAGGCCAGCAGAGGCCUGAAGGCAAAGAACUUGGUCCAAGGGAGAACCUGGAUCAACGGGCCAAGCUUUUUGUUGAACAGUGAAAGUGACUGGCCAGAGCAGCCAGACAGAAAAGAAGAAAGCCUGCCGAACGAUCCGGAAGUCAAGAACAAAGUCACAGUCAACGCAAUCCAAGUCAAAGAAGAUAUGGAACCAUUGAACGAACUGAUAAACUACCAUUCAGAUUGGCAUAAAUUGAAAAGAUCAGUAGCCUGGAUUUUGAAAGUAAAGGAAACUCUGUUGAAACUGAAAGAAGAAAGAAAAGAGUUUUCUCAAACAAUCCAUCAAUCUGAAAAGGACCCUGAAAAGCAAAAGUCAAAAUUAGAACAACACAUGAAGAAGUACAAAAGAACAUUAGGAAAGAAGUCACUUACCCUGGAUGAUUUAGUUGCUGCGGAAUCAGAGAUAAUCCGAUGCAGCCAGAGACAGCAGUUCAGAGAAGAGGUUAAAACCUUGCAGAAGGGCAGACAGCUCAGCCGCAGCAGUCAGUUGUCCAAACUGGACCCCGUUCUCCAAGACGACACUUUAAGGGUUGGUGGAAGACUCAACAAGUCUGCCAUGCCAGAAAAUGCGAAACAUCCAAUGAUUCUGUCUAAACAUAGCAGAGUCGCCACACUGAUUUUAAGAGACAUACACCAAAGAACAGGACACUGUGGACGCAGUUAUGUCUUGGCACAACUUAGACGCAAGUACUGGAUACCACAGGCCAAUUCUGCGAUCCGAAAAAUAAUCAGCAAAUGUACAAUAUGCCGCAGGAUCAAUGGAAAGGUUGGAGAGCAGAAGAUGGCAAGCUUGCCUGAAGAUCGCCUAUUGCCAGACAAACCUCCUUUCACGAACACCGGUGUUGAUUUCUUUGGACCGUUUGAUGUCAGACUGGGCCGGGGUACGGUCAAGCGAUACGGCGUGAUGUUCACUUGUCUCACACUCAGAGCGGUGCACAUCGAAGUUGCAGAUAGCCUUGACACUGACUCUUGCGUUAAUGGAAUUCAACGUUUCAUAAGCAGAAGAGGCCAAGUUACCAUCAUGAGGUCGGAUAAUGGCACUAAUUUUGUGUCUGCUGAAAGAGAACUGAGAGAAGCCAUCCAACAGCUGGAUAACGUCAAGAUUGAAAGAGCCCUGCAACCAAAAGGGAUAAAGUGGAUUUUCAACAGUCCAGCUGCCUCUCACCAAGGCGGGGUUUGGGAAAGACAAAUCCGGACGGUGCGAAGGAUCCUUAAUUCAAUAUUGAAAGAACAGACAGUGAAUGAUGAUUGCCUACACACAAUAUUGUGCGAAGUGGAAAGCAUCAUAAACGGCAGGCCGCUCACAAGCGUCUCAGAUGAUGUGAAUGACGUUGAGCCUCUGAUACCGAACCACUUGUUGUUGCUGAAAUGUCAACCCAGCAUGCCUCCAGGCAUAUUCAGCAAAGACGACACAUACACAAGAAGAAGAUGGAAACAAGUCCAAUACCUCGUGGAUUUAUUCUGGACCAGAUGGACACAUGAGUAUCUUCCACUUCUACAGGAGCGCCAGAAAUGGCGGAGGCCUAGAAGAAACUUCAUGACCGGAGAUGUCGUGCUAGUAGUGGAUAGUUCCUCUCCACGCAACUCCUGGCUCCUGGGGAAGGUUGUGGAAACAUUGCCAGACUCGAAUGGAACAGUGAGAAGAGUGAAGAUAAAGACUAAAACCAGCACGCUGGAAAGGCCGAUCCAGGAGAUCACCUUUAAGAACUUCUACACAGCCUCCGUCACGCUGCGCCUGCUGAGGAGGAGCCCGGGGCAGGAGGCCAGGUGGAGCACCGCCCUGAGGGACCUGCAGCUGAUGGAGAACCCCCACACCGAGGCCGGCUCCCAGGACUACUGCUCCAUCCACAGGGCGCAGAUGCAGGUGGAACCGGACCAGGUGGUGUCGGUGAGGCUGGUCCUGAGGCAGCCGUCCUCCGCCUGGCUGAGCUUCAGCCUGGAAGAGGUCUCCAUCUUCCCCCAUGUGGAGCCGGACCCUGAGAAGGAGGUUUCUGAUUGGCUGUCGGACCUGACGCUGGAGGAGCAGCCCCCGGGCCUGGAGGGCCUCCCGGACCCCCAGACCGUGUCCUCCAGCCUCCAGCAGAUGUGGGCCCUGACGGAGGUGAUGCAGACCACCCAGACCACGGCCUCCAUCGGGCGCUACAAUGUGGACGGAUGCUACGACAUCAACCUGCUCUCCCUGACCUGAGGCGGCCUCGAGCUCAGGAGAACCACGUAGAGACAGAACGUAGAGACAGAACAUAGAGACAGAACCACGUAGAGACAGAACGUAGAGACAGAACGUAGAGACAGAACAUAGAGACAUAGAGACAGAACAUAGAGACAGAACCACGUAGAGACAGAACACGUAGAAACAGAACGUAGAGACAUAGAGACAGAACAUAGAGACAUAGAGACAGAACAUCGAGACAUAGAGACAGAACACGUAGAGACAGAACCACGUAGACAGAACCACGUAGAGACAGAACAUGUAGAGACAGAACAUAGAGACAGAACACGUAGAGACAGAACACAGAGAGACAGAACACAGAGACAGAACACGUAGAGACAGAACCACGUAAAGACAGAACACGUAGACAGAACCACGUAGAGACAGAACAUAGAGACACAACCACGUAGAGACAGAACAUAGAGAGACAGAACCAGGUAGAGACAGAACACAGACAGAACACGUAGAGACAGACCACGUAGACAGAACCACGUAGAGACAGAACACAGACAGAACCACGUAGAGACAGAACACGUCGAGACAUAACACGUAGAGACAGAACAUAGAGACAGAACGUAGAGACAGAACACGUAGAGACAGAACACAGAGACAGAACCACGUAGAGACAGAACACGUAGACAGAACACGUAGAGACAGAACACGUAGAGACAGAACACGUAGACAGAACACGUAGACAGAACACGUAGAGACAGAACCACGUAGAGACAGAACAUAGAGACAGAACACGUAGAGACAGAACAUAGAGAUAGAACACGUAGAGACAGAACCACGUAGAGACAGAACACGUAGAGACAGAACACGUAGAGACAGAACGUAGAGACAGAACGUAGAGACAGAACAUAGAGACAGAACACGUAGAGACAGAACACAGAGACAGAACACAGAGACAGAACACAGACAGUACCACGUAGACAGAACACGUAGACAGAACACGUAGAGACAGAACACGUAGACAGAACAUGUAGAGACAGAACACGUAGAGACAGAACAUAGAGAUAGAACACGUAGAGACAGAACCACGUAGAGACAGAACACGUAGAGACAGAACCACGUAGAGACAGAACACGUAGAGACAGAACAUAGAGACAGAACACGUAGAGACAGAACACAUAGAGACAGAACCACGUAGAGACAGAACACGUAGAGACAGAACCACGUAGAGACAGAACACGUAGAGACAGAACCACGUAGAGACAGAACACGUGUUGCGUACUGGUGUUUGUUGUGACUUCAAGGAGCACCUGAACAUAAGCUUAUCUAUUUAUUUUAAAGUAUUAAAGACAUGUAUUUAUACA